AUGAGAGACCCGCAGCUAGCCCAGUCCAGGAAGCAACCAGGACCCUCAUCUCCAAAUGCUGCUAAGAGGCUCUACCGGAACCUUUCUGGGAAAUUCAGAGUUAACUACAUGUCAUUUGAUGAAGGGAGCAUAGCAGGGAGGAGUGAAAAGGAUAAGCUCCGCAAAUCCUGUCCCGUGAGUACAUUGCUCUAACAACUGAAGAGCUCUGAGGGUUUUUAGAAUUUUUAUGUCCUGUUAGAAGAACAACUUCUGCUCCAUCCAUACCAUGGUUGCUGAAAGACUACCUGGCUGUUCCUUGCCACAGUGUGGCAAUAGCUUUGGAUUUUGGCUGCCUACCUACCCACUGUUGUGUCAUGAACUCUGAAUGCAUAGUGCGGCUGGUGUAAAGAAAGGAGGCAAGCGGACUGCUGGACUUUGAUAGGAACUUUAGAGGUGUCAGAUAUCUUCCUGACUCUGAGCUCUUGCAACCCACAUUUACCCUGUCUCAUUAGAGGUGUUACGGAUAUGGUAAAUUUGGCUUGUGCUGCAGUGGGAAAGCAAAGUGUUGUCUUCUUCUCUUGGCCUCUGCACUGAUCUACUCCACCCUCAUUUCAAUUUUAUCUUGCUACUGUAGUGAAAGCAACUGAGCAGAGAAGACUGUGAAAUGAGUGGCAUACUUACAUUUGUGUGACUCUGUUCCUCUCUGCAGUUUCAAGGCAAUGCUGCACUCUUUGAGGCUGUUGAGCUGCAGGACCUUGAUAAGGUGCAGGAGCUGCUCAAGCAGUUUAGCCUAGAGGAGCUGGAUCUUAACACCCCAAACAGUGAGGGUCUUCUGCCACUGGAUAUUGCCAUCAUGACCAACAAUGCACCCAUCGCCAAGACACUGUUGCUGGCUGGAGCCAAAGAAAGCCCUCACUGUAAGUAACCAGUCAAUGGCCCAAUCCUAUGACCCAAUUUGUCCUUUCCCGUGGAUGCGUAAGGAACUCUGGCCAAUUGGGUUUCUUGCUAUCAUGAGCAAUGGGAAUUCUACUCUCUUUUGGUGAAAUGUGGGAAAUGAAAAGCAUCUGAAAGGAGUUCGCUGCAAAAGAGAGAACAUAUAGGACCCUGGAACUAGGGUUUCUGAUGCCUAGCGUGCUCCUGUGUCUUUCAUAGAUGGAUGAUAUGUUCCCUCAGUACAGGAAAAAUCACAUUGCUAGAUUUUUCUGUGUUGUGCCUAAAGUACAGUAGCGAUUUUUUGAAACAUGAUGGUACAAAUGAAAGCUAUAGCUAAAAGGUUCCAGAGCAGCAUAUCAUCCUAGAAGCUGUAGUUAUCAAUCUGACUUGGUGUUAGAAAUGAUGCCAAGAGUGAAUACCAAAGGAGGUUGGCACCGGCACAACCAUAAAGAGUCACAUCAUCCUUGUGGCAUGUUCCUAAGAGAUUAUUUCAGCUGAUUUGCACACAAUAAGAAGUGUGGCUGCAGGAUAGAUUCAAGCUGAACCGCUUGUACUGUUUGAAUCCUCACCCGAGAGAUGCCAAAAUUUACUCUCCAGAGUGUUACCUUGGAAGAGAACAGCUUUGCUGCAAGAAGCAUUAAUGCUGCCUGAUCAGGUGAAGCGAAUAGAAUGAUGAGAAGGGAAUUCACCUCAUUUCAGAUGACUAGCUAAGAGCAACAGGAAAAUCUUCAUCUGCUAGUUAUUUGCAGGUAGUCUGCCUCAUGAAUAAGCUGACAGUUCUGGUAUUAGGGUCAGGAACAGAUUGCCCUUUCUUCAAAUGAAGGGAUUUCUGUGAAUGGAGAGCAGAAGGGGAGUGACUUUGAAUAAGUGUUUAUUAGUACUCUUUCCCUGGAGAUUGGGGGGGGGGGUAUUCUCUCACAAGUUUGUGUUCUCUCUGUCUGUGUCUCUCUCUCUCUCUCUCUCUCUCUCUCUCUCUCUCUCUCUCUCUCUCACACACACACACACACACACACACACACAAAAAUAGGUUGCGCUAGAUGCAGCCACUGGGGUCUCUGCUUUCUGGGUGGCCCACACAGAGAGUAGCCACAGGCCUAGCUGGCACUGUGUGUAAUAAUGGAGUUCAGUGAAAGGAGAUAGAAAAGAGGUGUGUAUUUCUUUGCUGCCUAGCCAUAGGAGUCAGGCAAACCAAGAGAUUCCCGUGAAUAAAGUAUAUGCACUCUGAUCCUCAAUGGGGGUCUUCUCCUCUUGUUCUUAACAUAUCUAGACUGAGGAAAAGGAAAUACCUCACACAGAUUGUGCUCCAGCUGUGGGUUUGUGCAUAUGUUACUUCUCAAACAGUAAUGACAAAAGCUGGAUGAAGUAAUAGACCUGGCCAUCCCAUUUAAUGGUAAGAAAUUGUCCCUAGUACAAGCGAUGAGCAGUGAUAUCCAGCAAUAGUUUGCUGGGGUCCCUUGCCACAUCUGCCGCCCUGGUACAUUGCUGUCUACUGAAGGCACGACCGUGGGGCAGGUAAAGGGGGGGGCAUGCACACACACACUGGUAUGUUGGGUGCUGGUAGGGAUGUGGGUGCAAGCAGAUUCGGAACCCUGUGCUUGUGGGAAACAAAGUCAGACCCAUUCCAAUAUUCUGACAGAAUGAGGAUAUUUUCAUAUUUUAGUCAUGAGGUCAUCAUGAUAACUAAUGUGAAUAGAUAUUUAAAUGUGAAUGCUGUUAAUCCAGGUUUAAAAGCAGAAAACCCAUUUUUAAAUACAGUAUGUUUUAGUCAAUGUAGGUUUUUCAUUCAAUGUAAGAAAUGCAAAAAAAAAAACUUGUUUUGGUAAUGCUUAAGGCUCAUUCUGGUAGUGCAGGGCAGAAUGCUCAUCCUUUAAUUACCUUUUCCUCUAAGUAUUGGAAAUGGAAAGAGGAUCAUAGUUGCCAUUUUCCAACAGGUUUCUGGGGUCUUCCAGGGUAUGUUAGCUCCUACUAAAUAAAAAUACCUUGAAUAAAUAAAUAAAAUACAAUGGUACCUCGGGUUACGUGCUUAAUUCGUUCCGGAGGUCCGUUCUUAACCUGAAACUGUUCUUAACCUGAAGCACCACUUUAGCUAAUGGGGCCUCCUGCUGCUGUUACGCCACCACUGCAUGAUUUCUGUUCUCAUCCUGAAGCAAAGUUCUUAACCCGAGGUACUAUUUAUGGGUUAGUGGAGUCUGUAACCUGAAGCAUAUGUAACCCGAGGUACCACUGUACUAGAAGCAAAAUUUCAGAAUUCAGUUCUAGCUUGCUAUCGGAAGACUUGCUUUGAACUGGUGGAUGCUUCCUGCUGUGUAACAAAACAGGAUUUCUGCUCCCUGAUAAGCAGCAGAUUCUGGGGGAAGGGAGGGCUGGGAUUCCUUUGAGCUUGGCCUUUAAAUCUGCAUUUAAGAGGAUCCAGAAUCACAAAUUUGCAGAAAAUGUUGUGAAGAAGCAACUUUGUGGUUUUAUCUAAUAGCUCAAACUCCAGCUGCACAAACCAUUUAUCCCAUGCUGUUUGGGAAAUGAGGAUCAAGCUGUGCUUCUUCGGCUUGAGGGAUUGCUUAGCAUGGGAGGUUUUCUGAGGGUAGAGGCAAAGAGAAUCACUUCAGAAAUUUUCAGGCAGGUUUAUGCCUGGUCAUGUAUUUUUCCUCCUCUUCUUGUGCAAUGUAUUAAAUGUUUCCUUUUCCCUCUGUUCCGUUUCCAAAGUUGUGAGUCUAGAGAGUCGGUCUUUGCACUUGUCAACACUGGUCCAGGAGGCAGAGCAGCGUGUCAAUGACCUUACUGCGCAGGUGGUGAAUGAGCUACCCAGUGCAGAUGGCUCAGAAAAAGAGAAACAGUUAAAAGCAUGGGAAUGGCGUUACCGGCUAUACAAGCGCAUGAAUGCUGGAUUUGAGCAUGCUCGUAAGUGUCUGAAAUAGCAGCAUGCAAUGACCCCUAAGUAGAUCAGGGAUGGGAACAGUGGGCAUGUCACUGCAGGGUUUUAGAGAUAGGAAAUUGGGUGCUACAAUAUGUAAUUAGUCCAGAACAGAAACGAAGAAGUGGCCUUAGGACCUGCCGUAAUAAACCCCAUGUUGUUUGCAGCACAUGGUAAAGUUCUUAAUUUAGUGAUUCACAGAAUCUUGAAGCAAGUCACUAGUUAAUGAAAUUGGUAGGUCCAUGCUGGGUGAAUGUGGCUUUCCCCGUGCUGUUCUAGUCAACCUUCAUUGAGCAGAUUUGAAACUGCUUCUCUCACCCAAAACCAAUAUUCUAGAUCUUUCUGGGUGAUAUAAUAAAUGAAGGUAUCCUGUACCUUUUGCCACCUUUCUAACCCAUUUGAUAUUUUCGGAAGCAUUAAUUUCCUAGCUCAGAUAUAAUUAUCAUAGUGACCCCUAGACUAUGAAUGCCAAUCCAGGUGCUAAGCUUCACAAAAGAAAACAUUUCCCUCACUUUUCUGUAUGACAAGUUGACUAUUUUUGGUGUCAUGUUCUCACUUGUAGCAAUGGCUCAUUCUUCAGGGUAGGAGAGAUAAAAAAAUCUCAAAACUCUACAAUGUCUUGACUUGCAGAAGGAGGUCUGUCUCUUGCAUGGCGAGUUCCCGCCCCCCCCCGGUGGAAAUAAUGAGACAUGACGCAAUUAUUAAGGUUAAUGGGCUAAAAAAGGCCACAACUUUAUUGGUUACAGUGGAAGAGCAGUAUUGGCUUAGGCAUUGGUCCUAACUGACUAUAUCCGACUCCAGCCUGUCUGCUUGAAGUCCGGGAAGGGUUACCCACCAGUAGGGGGAGUCCUGCUGAUGCACAUCAACUAGGAACUCCCCCGGGGUCACCAAUAGGGGGUGUGCCUUAGGCCCUAACCUCCCUAGGCUUCGGACAGGGCCACGCCCCCCCCGAAUCCUUUAACAGACUACCCUUCAAUAUGUGGGGCAGGUGAUGGCGCUACCUCCCCUCUUCCAUCUACAGAACUAUACCAAUGCCUAACCACCAAUACCCAGAAAGUUGUGACGAUUUGCUACAAGGUAGGUGAAAACCAAGUGGCUGGUGCCAAUUUGCCAAGUGGAAAAAUUCCUACCAGGCCCCUCAAUGGCAACCAACCAAGGUCCAUAGCAAGGUCAAAGAAUGAAAACCUUAUAGGGUGGGAGGGUGGGAAAAACAGGGACAGCUGGUGGGUGGCAAAGAGGGAGACCCCUGGCUGUGUCCUGACUUUAUAGGGCAGGCCACACCCCCGAACCAGCCGAUUGGCCGGCUAGGAGGUGAUGCGGCUGGGAAUCCCCCCAAUCGCGCGGGGCUGGCCUCCAUCCACCGUACACGUGGAGGGGCCGUGAAGCCCGCAACCCCACCUCCUCCUUAAGGUGGAAGUGGCUUUGUUUUGUAACGGCUCUUUUAGCUACUAUCAUUAGAAGGCAAACUUGGAGGAGUAUGAUUUGGCUAAAAUUGUGGGAGGUGGGGUGCAGCUUGUGGAUUUCAUUAAGGGUUCCCUACCUAUGCAUCUUCUGCUGAUUGAACCCAUCUCAGUGCAUGCAAAUUGCCACCAUAUCUCUUCUCAGAAUUUAUUUUAUUUUAUUUUGCAAAGGAAACAUACCUUCCUACCUCACCUCAUAACAGAGUCUCUGUUAUUGUGAUCAUUCUGGCUGGCAGUUAAGUUGUAAAUUAGGCUUAUAUUGAAGAUUUAUUCCUUCCACAGAGGCCUUGAUACACCAGGAUAUGUCCCUCCUUAUACUUGUGCUAUCUGUUCUCAGGGGUUCCAGAUCCACCCAUGAAUGUUCACCUUUCAGUGGCCAGCAGCACUUCUGUGGAUGUUUCCUUCCAGGAGCCCCUAAGUGUCAAUUCAGCCAUUGUCACCAAAUAUAAAGGUAAAUCCAAAGGAUGCUCAGAACCAUAUUACCAAAGAAUUAAACUUACAUGGACCUGUGAAUUGAUUUUUUCUCUCUCGUUUGGAACAAUCCUUCUUGACUGGGAAUCUGAUCCAAGUAAAUUCCCAAGGGCCCACUGAUUCAGUUCCAAAAUUCACCUUUUUUGAAUUAUUUGUUGCCUGUCAUUUUGAGGUGAAUAAUUUAUGGAUAUACAUUGAAGAUGUGAAGGUCCAAAGAGCAAAAAGGAAUGCAUCAGCAUAGUUCAGUGGUACUGAACUAUAGUUUACAGGGUCUAAAAUCUGCUUACAUACAAUUAUAUCACACAACAUAUACAUUACAACUGCCAUAAUGACUGGGAGAUGGACAUCAAUUACUGAUCCAUCUAUGCAUCCUCCAAGCCUUAAUCAGUUACCAUUGCCUUUAAAAAUUAUUAAUUAUAUAUUAAUUUUAUGAAGAGCUUGCAUAACAUAUGGUAAAUAUUUUUCAAGGCAAUUGUAACUUAUUAAGAUAUGGUAAAUUAUCUUUUUUUCUUUUUGUUUUAUGUCUUUUAAGAUUUGAAGGUCUGCAGGCAGGGAUUGUCCAGUCAUAAAUCUUUUUACAGUUCCUAGAAUACUUUGGGUGCUAUAUGAAUUAUGAUUAUAAUAGACCAAUAUGAUGGAUUACAUAAUCUCAGGCCUAGUUUCAAAAGUUACACUGUCCUAGCCUGUUGGUUGUUGGGAGAGUCUGAAGAUUUGUCAAACCAAUCUAUUUUAAAGGUCCAGGCACCAUAACCUGUAUGGGGCUCACAGUGGCCUCCCAACCCAUCUCCCUGUUUUACUCCUGGAACAUAGGAAGCUGCUAUAUAUUUAGACUUUACACCAGGCACAUUAUUUCAUAGAGCUCAAGGAAGGCUGCUCUGGUGCCCUUGAUUGGUUGGUUUUAUGAUGUUCCUGCGCAGUGAAAUUAACAAAGUGUGGGAUGUCCCUGUGGAAAUCUUUAUGAGCAGGCUGUAGCAAAGAUGGGGUGGGGUAGAAAGGCCAUUUAGAUGUAUAGAUUAUGAACCUGAGGGCAGAGACUGCCUUACUACUAAUCUUUGUAGACUACUGUUUGAGUCUGUUUGGCUAAGGAACAGGGUAAAAAUGCUUUCAAAUAAUUAAGGAAGGUCAGGAAUGAAGUGACCGUCUCCCACUGCAGUCCUUCCUCCAGGCUUUGUGAAAUACAUGACCUUUGCUAUCAACACAUCAGGCCUGAUGGUGCUGUUGCUGAAUGCCAGAUGAGCCAUAAUAAAAAUAAAUGAUUCAUAUUUCUGGGGGGAAGUGCUGGCCUGGCAUGUAUGGGCCAUUUCAGAAGGCUUGGGGGACCAGCUUUCAAGCCUAUUCUGUAGUGGUGUUGGCAAUGAAGCAAUAUUUCUGCUUCCCCAUUACAUCCUCAACUUGCUGCCCAAUAUAGCCCAAGACCUUUUCCAUGUUCAGGAACACUUAGAUGCCUGCUAAGAGUAGUAGGCUCUUUGAAGAUAAAAUUGCUUACAUCUGCAGCAAUUUGGAUACCACAGUUCUUUAAAUACAGUCUGUUCAUAAUUCCAGAACACCAUCUAGUUAAAUACUGUUGGAUGAGUUUUGAUUAUUGAGGUCUAAUGACACUGAUAGGUGCUUGGAAGAGUAUCAUCUACUAUAACUUGCCUAGUUUGCUUUAUAGUUUGCUUUGUGCAGAGGGUUGACAGGUUUGUUCCUGGAUGUUAUAAAGGCCAGCUUGCAAAAGUGGCUGUUGUCAGUCACCUUGAAGUAGGCAGUUGUGUAGUGGCUCCUGGAAGAAGAAAAACCUUCACUGAACCCAGGAAAUAACAGCUAGUUGUUCAUAGACCCUCUGGGGCAAAAUGCUCAGAUGAGUUGGAUAGGCAACUUGAGUCACUCUUGAAUGAGACCAAGUAUCUAAAUGGAUUUCAAUUUAACGUCUAAUACGGAAACACCUUUGGUCAUCCUGAAGGAUGAUAUCCCAGGAGAUAAAUCAGGAAAGUAUGACCUUGUAGAUUCUCCUGGACCUUUCAGUGGUGUUCAGUACCUUUAAACAUCUUUCUGGACUAACUGUCCAGUAUGGGAAUGAAGGGCACCAUGCUUCUGUUCCAGUCUGGAUGGCAUUUUGAUUAGUCUGAUCCAUUGCAUUGUGGGACUCUUCUUUAUCCCCUGUGCUGUUUUAACGUAUACAUGAAACCACUGAGUUCAUUCCAGGAUCUGAGAUGAGAUGUCAGCAGAAUGUAGAUUAUACCCAGCUGUUUAUCCUGUUCAGUCACCUCAGGGGAAGCUGUGGAAGUGCUGAGCUGCUGUCUAGGAUCAGAAGAUGAGUGGUGAUAAGAGAUAAGGCCUCAGUUAUAAGCACCACCUCUGGAAUUCCCUUCCCUCUGUUUUUAUCUAUUUUAUUUGCACAGGCACACAAGAGAUUAAACUGAAUUCUUAACGAUAUGAUUACUGUUUGUUUUCUUUGGUUUAUUGUAUUUGUUUAAAAAUUAUUUUAUGUUACCUACUUUAGGACUUCUGGCUAAAGAAAGGCUAAGAGAUUACUUAAAUAAAUAAAUAAAUAAAUAGUCCAGGGUUUCAUGUGGCAGUUCCUGUGUGCAGUUUCAUCUCAGUUACUGCCAAGCUCUUCGUAAUUUUGCAAACUGAUUUUGCAUUUGAAAUAUUUAGACAUUGUGCAUCCACCAAAUUUGCAUAAUUCAUGGAGAUUACUGAGCUUAAGUUUUCUAGUUGUUGAAUUUGAAAUAUUUUCAUGCCUUUCUUCUAGUCCAUCUCGGUUGGUGACCACUUGUGACAUGAAUCAAUCUCACCACUUCUCCAGAAUCUGCUGUUCUGGAAAUUUGGUAGAAAGUGCCUUACACUUCUUCUGUAAUGUGAGAAGGAAAUAUGUGGCUGAUUUAUGGUAGUGUCUAAAUGGUGGUGGUUCUACACUAGGCAAGUUGCUUUUUGCUAAAAGUUUUAGAAAUGUCUUCCCAAGUGCUCACUCGAGUUGAAUGCCCUAACUCUGUCCCAUCUUCAGGCUAUUUGGAUCCCAUAAAAGCAUGUCCCUUUUUGGCUUCAACACCUGCUCCCUCAACAUAGAAUUCCCAGCAGUUUAAAUCCUUUGUGUCCUGUCAUCAUAACUUUGGCUUUCAGAAGAAUUUUCCUUUACCAGUCUCCACCAAAUCCUGCCACUUAAUCUACUUUGUCUAUUUCCCACCCUCUCUCUGUUGCCUUUGUUUGGUCCAUCUGUUGUGCUUUCUCUUUUAUCUCUGGGUUCAUCAGCUUGACUGUUCAUCUUUUGGCCUGCCUUUUUUGCCUUUAACUCUUUCUGUUACGUCUCCUGUGCUGAGAUAAAGAGUUGAAGUAACCCUAGCUAUAGAGACUUCUCUGCUGCGCUAUGUGCAGCUCCUGCAUUGCACAUUUGGCAGGGAGUUAAGUCCUUUGAAUAUGAAAAAGGUGUGCCCUGUUGUUGCACUCUCUCUCUUUCUCUUUCUCUCAAUUGACACCUUCCCUCCCCACCCCCCAGCUCUUCCAUGCCUUUUUUCUCAUUACAUUUUUCCAGUAUGCACAGCUGGUCCCGCUGUAGCUGGUUCUUCAGUUUCACAGUCAAUCCCCUUACAGCAGCUGUACCAUCCCUGGCAGCCUAGCUUUCUAAUCUAGCCCUGACUGACUGCCAAGCACUACAUCCUUUGCCUUACUGAUGAAAGACUCCCAAUUACUGACGGAGUGGCUGUGCUUUUCCUUUGUUUGCAGUCGAAUGGAGCUGCUCCCCCACCUUCUCCCCACCGCUGGGUGAAGUGGUGAUCAACAAGCUGAAAAACCUACAUAUCACCAUCCAUGGCCUCCUCUCGGUGAGUAAGUUACUGUGCUGUGUGCUGAGCCACAAGGGUACUUCAGGGAAUGACCCCAAUUGAUCCCUUCACCCCAUACUUCUUGUUCUAAUUCACCAAAGUGCAAGCUAACUGCAGUGAACCUCUGCCCACUGCACAGCCAGAAUUUGAGGAUGUCUGAAUGAUUUUCUUAAGUAAAGUGCCCAUUUCAGGGAUUGGUACUUCUUCACACAACACUGAACUUAUUAAGUUAACUGCAUGCAGGUAGCCAUUUUAAGUUCCCUGAAAUGUGUGUGGCCUAUUUAGGACCCAAUCAUUACAUUACAAGGCAGCAAGAUGCAGCAUUUGCCCUAAUCAGUGGCUGCAAGCAGGGGAUAAGGAGCCCUAAAUUAUUUUCCUCUGAAACUUGGUUAAGUGGAUUUUGUCAUGCUUCCUGAUUGAGAUAACUAUGGUCUAAAUAGAGUUUAUAGAUUUGUGAGUAAUCUUGUAGUAGUAAUAGAGGUGUGGCAUAAAACUGAAUAUGGUUUUUUGAAGUGGGGGAGAUAACUGAGGUAAGAGCUCCAGCAACAGGCUUCUUGUUGCUGUAGUGUGAGAAAGUAGGUGUCUGAAAUGAGGCACAUGAUAUGCAGGCACAUGUCAUAAAUUUAUUGCUAGGCUGUACCAACUGAGACUGCAGAGGAAAGACCAAAUAUUUGUAUGUUCUCUCCUAAUGAAAAUCAAGCUGCACAUACAACAAUAAUAUAUGAAGCAGAAGGGGUCUAACUUAGGUUUCUCCUUAUCAGGACAUGGCUUUUUCUUGCCACAGAUGAGUGCAUAUUUCCAUGCCUGGUCAUGAGGCUUCUGGGCCAAAUAGUCCAGUACAAAGGCUUGUGGUGAAUAUUUUACUUAUACUUCAGAAACCAAAAUGUCUGAGGUUGCCCAUGAGCAUAAAGAAGAAUUCAAGCAGUCUCAAUAAUUUAGCAAGAUAUGAAAGUAAUUUUUGUUCCUUUUCAUGAGUUUUGAGACGUGCCUCUUGUGCAACUAUUUUUGCCUGUUCUUGUGAACACAUUUGUAAUUUCAGGGCUGUUCUUUUGGUACCACUUUCUUCCCUUCUUCCUGCUUCCCCACUCAUUUCCCCACACUGGCUAGCCAUAUGAUUUUGCAGUGACGUGAUAAGGCUGUCAAACAAUUAAGAAACAUUUAAUGCAGACAUAAUAAAAAUAGUAUCUUUAGAAAAUAAUAAUGAUUUGUUUACAGUUACCAUUUCCUCAUGAAAUGCAACAUGCUAAAUGCCAGGAGCAGUUCAUAGCUUUCAGUGUAUGCAUGGGAAGGAGCAGCCACCCCCAGGCUGAAAUCUCAGGGUCCUGCAGUUGAGCUUUAGUCACUAAACCGUGUGAUCCAUAGUUUUUUCUGUGAUUUCUACCCAAUGGCACUCCUUCUCUCCCCCCCCCACUCCAAGCCAAUAAAUCGUAUACCCCCACCACCUGCAAAGAUCAAACUCUCCACCAGCUCCAUGGCUAAUUGGAGAUGAGAAUCAGUGACUCCACUCCAACCCUCAAGUGUAUGGAGGUCAUGGGUUGGCUGGGACCUGCCCCCCACCCCUGCAGUUUUAUCUCUCUGGGAACUGCAAGGCCCACACUGCCUGUCAGCUGUCCCCUCCCCAUUGUGUGGUGGACAGCUUCCAAGAGCUCAAACAGGAGCCAGACUUCUGAACAAACAGCAAGUUAUGGGGGAGACGAGACUGGGAGCUGCAAAGGGGUAUGAUUUUGCAACAAAUGGCCUGUAGGCUUGCUCUGCUCCCUUAGUCUCCUAAGAAAACUUACAUUACACAUAAUAUACCCAACGGAAAUGUUUGCUUGUGAAGCUAGUUAUGUGAUACCACUAGGCUGACAAUCAGCUGACAUGGUUCAAUUGGCUGUGGCCCAAAAAAGAAUUUGGAUUGAUUUUGAUCAUACAUUUAAUAGGAAAGACAUACUCCACAUGUGAAACUGAACUGAUAGGAACAAUCAAGUUGGGGGUUGGGACUCAAGAUAAUUUGGUACAGACUGAAGGCUGUCUACAGUGGUACCUCGUGUUAAGUACUUAAUUUGUUCUGGAAGUCUGUUCUUAACCUGAAACUGUUCUUAACCUGAAGCAUCACUUUAGCUAAUGGGGCCUCCUGCUGCCGCUGCGCCGCCGGAGCACGAUUUCUGUUCUCAUCCUAAAGCAAAGUUCUUAACCCAAGGUACUAUUUCUGGGUUAGCAGAGUCUGUAACCUGAAGCGUAUGUAACCUGAGGUACCACUGUACACUGCUUUACUGGGCGCAACCAGCAGUCAUUCCUAUUUUAGGGCAAUAUUAUGCAUCCAGGAACUGAAUACAUAACAAAUAUUCUUUGGCAAGGUUAUGGGGCAACACUGGAUGCAGAGGGGAAUUCAGAUUUAUUUCCUGGGUAUCUGCUGGACAUCCAGAAAAUUUAUGUGGACUUGGAUUAGAUCUGAAUAUGAUAUUUGGGUAUUUUUAAUGCAAGACAACAUCAUUAACUCUGCUUCUAUCGUCACAUCACAAAUGAUUCCCACUUAAGUAAUAUGAAAUAGGAGGGUUAGUAGGGUUUCCAUUUGUGGUAGGAAGGAUGUGGAAUAUGCUGAGUCCUCUUGGCCUGGCACACAGCACAAAUAUCAUGGCAGGGUUUAGAGACUUCUGUGGAGCGGCAGUGCUACCCUGAAGCCCUCAUCUGAUUUUAUUUUUAAUCAUAUAUGAUACAGACUAAAGCUUGUCUGAAUUCAAUCAGAAAUUAAAUCUGCAAAAGCUGAACUUCCAAAAUCUGUCAGACCAUCUGAGUUAUUCUGGAGUUUAUCAGCAACUUUAGUCUAAACCCAUGACACAGGAGAAGACAGAAAGACGGUGCAAGAUGGUGAUGGCCUGCACAGCUUCUGCAAGUUCAUAGCCCAUAGGCAGUAUUGCUCCACAUCCUCCCUCUCUUUCAAUAAUGACAUAUUAUGGAGAACACCUGGUGACUAUAUUAGUGGAAGGGAAACUGAAACCACCCUUCUGAGCAACAAGGUUUUCUCUAGUCCAUGUGACUCCUUAUUCCUUUCCCUACAGGGUACAGCUUACUACGUCCAAGUAUCUGCCUACAACAUGAAGGGAUGGGGACCUCCACAAACUUCAAUACCACCCUUUGCUAUUCCAUCAAGUAAGUAGAAACAUCAGGGAGCAUCAAACAUACACCUUAUCAUUCAUACCGUAAGGCUAGUUUACUGGUCUUGCUCAUGUUUUAGAGCUGAGUGAGCACUCAAUGGUAUAGAACAAAGGGUACUGUGGCAUUCUGAAGACUAAAAUAAUGAUUAUGGCACCAACUUUCAUGGGCUAUUCAAAGAUAAUUUUAUGAGAAUUGCAAAUUUUUUUAAAGAAAAAGCAGGGAUUGACUUACAUGCUGUCCCCAUUUGAAAUGUGCAAGGACAGAUAGGUCUAGUAGUAACAACAGUGGUGAUGGAAAAGAAGGUAUACUCUUGAUAUACUGUAAGGCACGCAGCACGCAGCACACAGCACGCAAACACCAGAACAUUGUGUCUCCAAAUUCUGGUUAUCCGAAACACCAAAGUCCUACAAAUUAACAUGCCCUUCAGGGAUUCCCAUGGCAGCAUAAUUUGCAAUAGCAAUGCUUCUUUUUAUCUAAACUUCUAAUUAUUAAAUGGUUCUCUGUCCUUCUUUUUUAAACAAAAAAGGCCCAUAUAUUUAAAAUAUUAUUUUGGUAUCCUUAAUCUCCUUUCUACUCUCUUAUAUAUUUAUUUUGUUAGGUUGUUAGAUUUUUUUGCUUUUCCCAUCUCAAGAGCUCAAGAUGUAUAACAGUAUGAUUCUUAAUAUAACCUAUCACUAGAAGCCAACUGAAAUAAAUUUUACACCAUAUAAGCUUGGGCUUUGGUGAGUCGUGAAGGGACCAGAAUCCCUACGUACAGCUAACCUGAAGGGUUCAAUGGUUUAUUUUUGGGGAGUGAGAAGCUAAUACUUCACCUGUAACCUGGGUUUUUAAAGGGUGGAAGCAAGUUUGAUACAUUCUGGUGGGCUGAGGGAGCAGUUUCCUUAGGCUUUUCUUCCUUUUAGAUAAGAGAGGUUUGCUGCCCCUGAAGCAGCAUCAGAGUUCUAAUUCUAAUACAGGUCUCAGUAGUGCAGUGGAUCAGUAUGUCUGGCUAUUAACUAAAAGGUUGGUGGUUUGAGCCCACCCAGGGACUUUUGUGGACAGCAUUCAUGCAUUGCAGGGAUUUGGACUAGGGAUUUGGACCAGUAACCACUUUGGUCGUAUAUGAUGCCUAAAUGGGAACAAUGCUAUGUCAUGACAUAGCUUCAUUCCCAGGAGCAUUGUUGGUUAAAAGGAAAGACAGCUGCCCUUACUGCAGAAUAGGCAGCUGAUUGGAGCUCCUCUGCCACCCUGAAUGGUAGAAAGUCUUUUUGCUUUAUUUUGUUUUAAAUAAAGGAAUACUUAAGGAAGCCUUCUGCCGUCUCAUCUUGCAUGGGUAUACAUACGCCUGUGUCCCCUAAAAUGUAUCAGUUUUCCUUCUCCCCUGAGAAAGUGGCAGAAAAUGCCCCCAUUCACGGGCUCAAUGAAGGUGAUGUAUGAUUUUCAUCCCAGUGUACUAUAUGAAAUGCACAUAAUAAAGCAAAGCCGAAUUCAAGCAAAAGAAAAAUUCCAAACGUAAUAGUUAUAUUUUCCCCUGUUUACAAUGCAGUUAGAUCAUAGAAUUCCUGUCACUGAGGCCAAGAAGGAUUUCCAUCGCUUUAACAACAGCCAAGACAAGACAAGGUUUCUGUAAAUAAUGCUGCUGUUGUGUACAACUUAAGAGAUGUAAAUUGUGUCUUUCAUGGUCAAUCAUUCUCUAACACGAUGAGACAUUCAUAGUUAAACAACUGUUUGUCAUUCUCUCCUCUGCUAAUUACACAUCUUGCUCCAUCAACCACAAAGGCAAUACCUUUAAGGUCAGUCCAUGUGGUCCAGGGAUGCAAAUCCAUCAUGACCAAAUUGGAAGUUAACGGAGCUCAGAUCGAUGGAUUAGGCCCUUUAGCUUUGGGUUGUAUAAUAUAGCACGUAACUAUAACAUUCCAGCCUGAGUUAUAAAGUAAUUUAUUCCUUGCUUUCAAAUUUUAAAGAAAAUAUUUCUCCCCUAAAUAAAAAUAACCAACUUUUGUCACGUAAAAGUGUGCAGCACCUCCCUGGGUGUUUUUAAAGCACCUAAAAAUAGCACCAGGUCCCAGCCAAAGUUAACAGAGCUGAUCUUUCCAUGGAAAACAGCAGCACAGGGGAGUGUAUAAACCAAUUAAUGCAAAGUUAAUGUAAAAGGGCUGCUUCCCCCACACUAGCCUGUGCUGCUCAGUAGCUCUGCCACCUCAUAACUAAGAAGCACAAGGAAGAGGUUCUAUUUAUUUAUUUGUCUAGGUGAGUUUAACUCUCACUAUUAGUAUGAAGAAACUUCUGCUCAGUUGAAGGCCAGCAGCCGACAUGAGGCUGCGGAAAUACUGAAAAGAGCUACAACAGACCCAACCUUGUUUGUUACUAUGAUUUGUCAUCUCCUCCUACUGGCGGCAGCUGUUAAAUUCCGUCACCCUUAUGAGCAGUUCCCACCAGUGGUUACUGCUUUGGGGUUAUUGCUUCUGUGUUGCCUAUCAUGAUUUGCACAUCUUAAGACUGAACUCUCAUGUAAAUCUAGGAGGAAUCCUAGGCAGAACUAUCUGCAUUUCUGUGCUAAAUAAGAUAAAUUGUUAUUAAGUGAAAGAAUCUGCAUCUUUAAAAAAAUCUCAGCAUUCAUUGAAACAAGAAAUACAGUUACUAGAUUUCAGUGAUAUACUUUAAAACAUGUUGGCUUGGUGAAAUCCCAGAAGCUGAAUACAAUUUCCAGUUAUCAGGGGAUGGGGCUGCAAUGCUUUUCAUAGCUUCAUGUCUAGCAGCAUGAUAAUCAAUAGAACAUAAAUAAAUAUACUGAUUUUUCUUUAAUUAGUGUAAUUUAUUCAAGAUACAUAGUAUGAUUUUCCUUGCUCCAGAACAUGGAGUACCACAGUGCAGAAUUUUGAUUUCUAAAACAAGGACUAUGUGUAACCUUAGUCAUACUGCAGAUACAGUCUUAAAUAGUUAUCUUCCAUCUUUGCAAAGUCAGGACUUUUUAAACAUCAACCUACUUUAUGAAACUGGCUGUUAAUGUUUUACUGUACUUCCCAUAUAUUUCCUCUGUGUUCUUCCCCUUCCCCCCUUCUAUUGUCACCUCUUUCUCUUUUUUAAUCUUAAACCAAUUAAGACCUACUUAGCAUGUAACACUAAGCCAAACCAUAUCUUAGCAUGAACAAGCAAACAUGUGGGUUACCAGUGAUGAUUUUACUCCUUCCCCAGUCCUUUCCUUGUUGUGCUACCCAGGGCUAAACCAUCAUGUGGCUUAAUAUGUCUAAAUCCAGGCUUAAGGUGUCUCACUCCAGACAAAUUACAAGCUGUAACCAAGGUUUGUUCUUGGUUUACUACGCAUGAUCUGUCUGGCAGAGACAAACCAUGAGCCCAGGUUCAGACAUAAUGACACAGCCCCAGAUAGCAUGGCAGUUAUAUGACAGAGGGUUGCAGCCACACUCUUUUGUGUCAGGAACCCUCAUGCUUGCUCAUUCGUGAUUUGGUAUUAUGUGCAAACCAGGUCUAAAGCUCGAAAAUGGUCAUACAAAAGUUGGUAGUGGUUCUAUUGCUGGUUUGAUCCAUUUAGGUAAGGAUUGGACCCAGUUGUGGGUGUGACCUGUAAAUCGAAAACCACUAUCUAAGACUAAGGCUUUCAAAUGGUGAUGAUCUUCACCCAUUCAUCAAGUCUAGCUUUUAGUGUCAAUAGAUCAAUUGUCUUUUGAGCAAUGUUUUGUCCAGAAAGCUGUUCCGUAGUGUACUAUGGGUAUGAAACAACUGUGAGAGGAAAAUAUUGUAAUGGAUUGGAACUGCUAACAGUUUGUGCUGCUAUUUCUCUGUGUAUUUUAUUUGCUUCCCACUUCAGACUGGAGAGAAUAUGAUGGGCGGGCACCAAGGCGAAGAGGUCAAGCUGAAGCUUUGGACCAUCUUCUAAGCCAGGUGAAGAUGGUGCACCAACAAUGUGUGUGUCACGGUGAGUCCCACUUUUGUGUCCAUAGGCAGUUUAGAUACCAGUUCUCUUGAAUAGCCUAUUCAUUGUGGGGAAUGUUCAGAGUGGCAGGAAAGGAUAUGUUGUUUAUUAAUAUCCUUCCUAACUUGCACUAGCAAGUUCCUUUACUUAGCAGAGUACAUUCCCCUUUACACAGCAGAAAACUAGUUGCAAACUUGUGUGAGUUUCUUAAUACAAUACAGUGGUGCCUCGCAAGACGAAAUUAAUUCGUUCCGCGAGUUUUGUCGUCUUGCGAUUUUUUUCGUCUUGCGAAGCACGGUGUUGGGAAAGUUUUGGAAAAGCUUCAAAAAUCACCAAAGUCUUUAAAAACCUCAAAAAAGGCUACCACACCACGUUCUAUGAGUUGCUCCUCGAAGUCAAGUCGCAACUGUAUUAACGGUGUUAAGAAAAAGGAAACAAACUUGCAAGAUGUUUCCAUCUUGCAAAGCAAGCCCAUAGGGAAAAUCGUCUUGCGAAGCAGCUCAAAAAACAAAAAACCCUUUCGUCUAGCGAGUUUUUUGUCUUGCGAGGCAUUCGUCUUGCGAGGUACCACUGUACACAAUUCUGUCUGGUUUGUCCAGAUUGAAAUGUGUUCUAAGAUUUUCCUGGUAAGACCCCUUGAAUUCCUCUAAAAGAAUAAAGACACCACAGUCUUAUUCAUAAGUAACAAAAAGAAAGUUUACUCACAAUUAGGCAGAGCACAGUGUGAUCCCUGAAGGCAGACUUUAGGCUUAAAGUUAGGUAAAGGGACCCCUGACCGUUGUGUCUAGUCGCAGACGACUUUGGGGUUGGAGCACUCAUCUCGCUUUACUGGCCGAGGGAGCCGGCGUACAGCUUCCGGGCCAUGUGGUCAGCAUAACUAUGUGGCUUCUGGCGAACCAGAGCAGCACGCGGAAACACCGUUUACCUUCCCGCCAGAGCUGUACCUAUUUACCUACUUGCACUUCAUGCUUUCGAACUGCUAGGUUGGCAGGAGCAGGGCCCGAGCAAUGGGAGCUCACCCCGUAGCAGGGAUUCGAACCUGCCUUGGCUUUUUACCAGGUCACGCCUACCCACUAGUCACAUGCAAGGAAGGAUGCUCCAGGCCAGGAGGAACAGGAAGUUUCGACUGGCUGGACCAAACAUUCCCUUGCAUGUCCACUCUAGCAAAAGAAGGAAUGUUGUAUUUGACUGCUCUCAGUGGAUUACAUCCCACAUACAUGGUUUGCUAAGGAAGAAUUGGAAUUGAUGGGAAGGAGAAAUGGUGACUAGAUAAGGCCACUGCUAGCAUAUUAAAUGAAAACUCCUGUUGAAACCUGUGGAAAUUCCUCUGCACAUUAUAGUCUUGUCUGACCAGUACCAUUCCCCCAACUAAGUGGUAAAAUACUAUUAAAUAUACAGUGAUACCUCCAGUUUUGAACGGGUUCUGUUCCAGAGGUCCGGCCAGAUCCCGAGGUUUCAGCAACCCAAGGAUCACUGUUCUGCGCAUGCACGUGGCAGUAGACCGCUUCUGCGCAUGCACUUAGGGGCGGUAGACCGCUUCUGCGCAUGCGGCAAAACCUGGCCCAAUACUUCCGGGUUUGAUGCUUUCGUAACGUGAAGUUUACGUAAAGAGAGUUACGUAAGCCGAAGUGCUACUGUACUUGUAUUGGGCUCCCAGUGGUUUUAAGAGAAUCAUUGAAAUCUUUGUAGUAAUCAGAUGCUGUAUUUUGGAGAACUAUGCAUGCUCUAUGGAAAAGUUCAUGAAGGAAAUAAGCUCCUGAAACCCUCAGAAAAAAAAAUAAUCAAGCCAACUUCCUAUGCACCAAGAAGAGAGUGUAUAUAAAUAACCACAGGGUCGAGUGAGGCUAACAGCUGAUGUCCCAGUAUAUUCUUGUUUUCAAAAAUGAGUUUGUAAAUUAUAUGAGAAUCUCCAGCUUGGUUGAAGCUCUGCUUUCACAGCAGAUGACAAGGCCUUUCUCUUGCAUCCUCCUUGUUGUUCCUACCUGGAUCUGCUGACUAAUAAAACUGUGAUAUGCAAUAAACAAAUCUUGACCAGAGCCAUAAUACUGAACUGCGGAAACCAGCCCUUAAUUAUGGAUGAAAAAUUAUGAAGCAUCUCAAUGAAAUCUUCUGCUGUCUGACUCCCCCAAAUUUUAGCUAAGUUAUACUUCAUACCCUUCUAGAAACAAUAGCUAAAGGUACCAGUACAAAAGGUAAAGGAGACUGGGACUCCUCUAGCUCCCUUGCAAUUUGAGCACUGGAGUUAACUGAUUUUUGUAUGCUAGUGUGGUCUGUUAGUGGUGUUUGGGAACUGAGUUCAAAUUCUACAGGCAAUUGCUAUAGGGACAAUCUAUGUGAUCUAAGUGUACAAAUCCAACUACGACUUUUUACUUCUCUUUGAAUCCCAAACAAACAUAGAUUGCUGGAUCUUUUGAUUAUCUUCUGCUUUUUAAAUUAAAAUACUUAGGACAUCCCUCACAGGGUUAUUAAGAUGAAUGAAACAAGAAUUAUAAAGCACAAUUAAAGUAAUAUAUGGAACUUUAAUUGUGCUUUACAAUCCUUAUCUUCUGUACAUAUUUAAUAGGUUAAAAACUGGUUGCCGCUUGUCUGCUAGCCCUCCCUAGAGAUGGAAUGUUCACAACCUUUGAGGAGCAAGGCUUAGUUACAGAAGGAACAGUGGAAAGAAAGCAGGGAUCCAGUUGGUAGCAUGGCUGAAAAACAGAACAAAAUAGCCAGCGUGCUACAAAAUCAGCAGGUUCCUGUGGAAUGAAUGUGGGUGAUAGUAAAGUGUUGAGAGAAAAGAGGGACUGGAACAUAGAAAGCUGAAGAAAAGAGAGGUCAAGGGGAAAAGGUGCUGGGAAACCCUCACACAAAAGCUAGGCGGAGGAGGAGCUAUGUGAAUUUGGCAGAGUAAUAGUUUGCACCAAGGGGGAAAUGGGGAAUGAAUGUCAUAUCUUCUUGGUUUUACCUAACCAGCCUAGUCUUUUAUCUUGAAUCUUUAGUAGAUAUAUACACAAGGCUAGGUAAUAAGAAAAAGGAUGAGUUGACAGUAGUAUAAAUGAUGGUUUGUGUAAUGCCUUCUGCAUGUGCUUUGCUCCUCAGAACCCUGUAAGAAUCAGCCACAGAGCAGAAAACACUCUGUCUCCAAGAGUCUGAAGUAUCUCUUCCACCCUGGCAGCAAAUUCUUAAAAACACUGAAAAGGUAAGGUGGGGGGAGAUUAUGCCAUCUGUCCACCUAUGCACUCCCUUGCUAUACUUGCUGAGUUUCCCAGAAACCGGGUGUGUGGGUCACUUCAGUGUUUCCCAGGCACUUCAGGGGAACAAGGGAAAUAGGGAGGGAAGCUCCUGUAUCUUUCUUCCAUUCCUCACUCCUCACCAUGGUGGGAAGAAUACUUCCCAGUAAAAACAAUGAUGAUGAUGAUGAUGAUGAUGAAUCCCUCCCAAGCUAACUUUUUUCUAUCUUCCCAGGGGCCUGUAUCUGGCAUCAAUAUUCUACAAGGAUGACAACAUAUUGGUCACGCAUGAGGAUCAGAUCCCUGUGGUCGAGAUAGAUGACACCUAUUCUUGCCUGCUCAUGCAGGACUUUCUCUGGUUCACUAAGGUGACCGCUUAGUAGGGUGACUUCUGAAUGUGUGUCAUUUUAUUUAAGGUUAAAUAAAUAUGUUUAAAAGAACAUUAUAAAUUUACAUCUAAAUACAUAUUUUGUAGUCCAUUGAAACAUUUUCCUUUGACUUCCUAUUUCUAUUAAGUAAAAAACAAUAUUGUUACUUUACUUAAGACAAAUUUAAAUAUAAGGAGAGGGAACCUAGCAUAGGACAAUAUAAAAAGGUGCACAGUUGCAGCGAGAGAGGGACUCUAGUUAGGAUACAAACAUGUUUCCUCUAUUCAUUUUUUUUAAAAAAAAUGCUGAACUUGGGGAACUCCAUACCUGCCGUAUGGGCAGGUAUGGAGAACUGGGCAGACCUGAGAAUCCUAAAAUGACCUGUUGCUAUACUUGAUAUAGGUAUCGUGCAUGUGGGAUGAAAUCCUGUGGUUGCGUCAGUGUGUCACUGUCUCCCAAUCAUCGUGUUCCUGCAUUCUGCAAACACGUCUCAAGAUGCUUCUGGCCAUCUCACAGAUGCAGGUAAGAAAAGAGGCCUCUUCAAGGCACAGGAGUGCCAAAGAUGGGUAUUUUGCCAGCUCGGCACAUAUCACUCAUACAUCUGAUGCUCAAUCCAUGGAUAUUUAGGUCAAAAUCAUUAGAUCUGAACUUCAGCUAGAUAGAUCUAAUACCCUUCAUAUACUAAGCAACUCAGACAGGUGAGUAGGAUUGAAAAGUCAAGGAGAUAUAUCCAUCACUAAGAAGGCAUUUGAGUUUGAAGCAGAAGCAAUUGAUAACAUUCAGAGUUUCUUGGGUGUGUUUUUGGCCAGGGGCCAAUUUCUGUGUUCCUUUCCAACAUAAACUCACCUCUUGGGAAAAAUCCUAAUAAUAAAUGGUUAGCUGUUCAAACAUUUGUUUCAUACCCAACAUGCACAUUGUGAAGCCAUUAUGUUGUCUCUGUGCUACAUUAUUGGGAGCAAAACAAACAUUUCUAUUUUUAUGCUAUAUUUUGCAUGUUAUAACAAGUAUCUUAAUAGAUCAAGCUUUAAUUGAUUAACUAGUGCAAUUCAUCAGUUAAAACAGAUUCCUUCAAUGCCAGUAAAGAAAUUAUUGAGGAAAGUGCUAUAGAUUGCAGAAAAUAUUAACUUAUUCUUCCUUUCUGCCUGACAACAGACCUCCAAGGUGGCUGAGAAUAAGCAGAAAUAAAUAUGUAACAAAUAUGAAAAUAGGGGUGACUGAUGAAGAUUGGGGGGGGGGCGUGGUGCAGACUAAUGUACUGCCUACCAAUUUCCCGAUGAAAGGCUAUUCAGCCUGGUGGUAUUAAAAAUGAUAGUGACGUAUUGAAGGGGCUGUACUUGUUGGCUAUCAUGUAUAGCCAGUUCCAUAUGUGGUUAAGCUUUUUCGCAAGCAACUUUUUAACUACGUAUGUACAAUGAAUAUUUGCAUUGACAGACAGCAGAAAGCAAAGAUUUCAAGAAGCGAAUGGCCAUCUUAGUCACUCUUCAUAAUGAGUAAAAACCAUUGUGUUCAUUCAGAUUCACUAAAAACAGCUUUGCCAAAGUGUUGUGAUAUAUAAAUGUACGUAAAUUUAAUUGGUUAAUUGUUAAAAUAUACUUUUAUCUGUUGACAGCCCUGCUUAUUAUUCGUGUAUUGUUAGGUGACUUUGGUUUUAGGUAGCAAAGCAGCACUGUCUUAAUAUUUAAAUGCUCAAUACCUUUUACUGUUACAGUGGUACCUUGGUGCUAGAACUUAAUCCGUUCCAGGAGUCCAUUCAACUCCCGAAACGGUUUGAAAACCAAGGCACAGCUUCCGAUUCGCAAACCGGAACACUCACUUCUGGGUUUGCGGCAUUGGGAGCUAAUUUGUUCAGGAGCCAAGCCAUUCGGGAACCAAGGUACCACUGUAUACCCUUGGAGAAUAUAGAGUAUAUGCCAUCUAGAGCCAGAAUCCACUCUCCAUAAAUGACUUUUUCCUCUCUUUAUUAUUAUGAAGGGUCUGCUGGGAAUUCAGGAUCUGGGACAUGUCUUUUUUGAGCCCAUCAAAGACAAGCAGGGCAAUAUUUUAGUUGUGACCCUAAAGGAGGUGAAGACAAACCAGACGUUUGAAAGUGUCCACUGGGUCCCCCUCUCAAAGCUGCAGACAAGCCGCAAGUCCAUCUCAUCUCCAGAAGAGCCUACAGCUCUGGAUGUGCUGCUGAUGACCAUGCAGGUGGCUGGUGUGUGUGUGUGUGUAUGUGUGUUUAGUGAUGGAAAGGCUGUGCUCAUAUUCAGAGGCACUCAGUGACAAACCAAAUACUUUGCAUACAGAAAAUCCCAGAUGCAGUCCCAAGUCUCUCCAUUUAAAAGGAUUGUAGGAAGGCAGGCUGGAAAAGACCACUACCUCAGACCUUGAAAACCCACUGCCAGUCAGAGAAAACAAGGAUGGAGAACCCCUAGGGGUCAAAUGCAACCCUUCAAGUUUCUCUCUGAUCCUCAGGACUCUUCCCAGGCCAUACUCAGUGGCCCUGCUUGGCUGCUUUUGCUACAAAGAAUGUGUCAUUGAAUUCUGUUAAUGUCUUGCUUGUUUGGAUGUAAGAUAUGAGAGGGGUGUGUACAUGUGGAGAGACUAGACUACUAUAUAAAUAUAAAAUUAACAUUCAUUGUUCUGGUCCUGCUCCCCCCCCCCCCGAAGGUUGCCAGAAUAGGAUGUGGACCCCAGGUUAAAAGAAGUUCCCUAUCUUUGGACUAACCAGUACUGGUCUAGACAGACCAACUGUCUGGCAAUACAUGGAACCUGCAGGUGUUCAUGUUGUUUAUUUACAUGUUCCAGGGCAUUCAGAAUGGAUUCUAGGGCUAAAUUGUGGUGACACUUGGCUUGCAUUAAGCCCUGUUUAGGAGUGCAGAAGCUCAGCUUCUUUUUUGCUUAGUUUUUAUUCAAGGUAUGUGACGCUUUUCAGAGGCAAAGGAAAAGUUGGUUUCCCAGGUGUAAGUUUUCCCACUAGGGAUUCAGAUAACUAUUUUUGAUACAUUUACCCUUCUUGCAUCCAGUUGCAGUUGUUUUCCCAGCUUGUUAGCAGGUCUUAGCAAAGAAUCCCUUCCGUGAGUGCCCAGCCUUUCCUCCUCCUCUUGACCCCUCGUCUAGUUGUUCCUCUCUCUUUUCAUUUCCUCUCAGUCAGCCAAGUGUCUCCAGCAACAAAAGGCACUCAAGCACCUGUACAAGGGUCUAUUGAAAGUGCUUAUUCAAAGCCAUUGCCAGGAUUAGCAAAGGCCAAACCACUAAAGGGCCAGUUCAACGCAGUCUCUGUUCCUGGAGAUUGCAGCACUAGUCUGGAUAUCUGACAACAACAGUCUCCUUUGUAAAAUUUCUGGUGCCUCCUGCCCCGUGCCAGUCUGUCUCCUGAGGCUUUUGGUCUUGGUUGGAUCCAGGAAGCUGCAGACAAAAUAGCUAGACUGAACUUUGAAUUCAAGCCACACAAACUGUUAAGUUUGAUCUGCUGCUUUUUUUUUUUUUUUUUUUAAGAAAUCCACCACUGUUUUAACCCUUACUGGCUAGAACAGCAGCAUCUUGGGAUCUUAGCCUUGUUGUGGGGUCCUCUUUCUCAGUUGAAUUUUGUCAGGUUUCUGCAGCAAGAUGUGCCAUUUUAUGGUCAUUUCUCCCUUUAGGACAAGCUGGUUUACCACCAGCGAAGCAGCCAGGCUCUCCCCCCAGGUCUCUAUUUGGGUUACCUGAAGCUCUGUAGUGCUGUUGACCAGAUCCGAGUGUUGGUGCCUGAACGUUUACCCAACAUAUUAUGUCAUGUGAAGAUACGAAGCAACCCAAACAUCUCCAGGUAGGGCUUUCAAUCCAGGUCUGCAGCAUACAUUGAUGGACAGGGUUAUUUCUUAAUCCCAUUGUGCUCUACAUCACUUGCUCUCAGUCAGAGGGUUAGAGUUAGGGAGAUCCCUUGUUGGUUUGACUACAGCUAAAUGGGUACGGUCAAGAGAAAUGGAAGAGAGAAUAUAUGGACAGGGCAGGCAGGUUUGCCAGCAGGUUUAGAUGGUGAUGUUAAAAGAAGAUAUUUCCAGAUAUCUGAUGAAUUGCUCAUUAAAUGAUGUUAUAUGUACUAAGUAAGGAAAAGUCACAUACUGAACUGAGAUCUUUUGGCUGCAUAUUAAUCAUGGGAUAGCAGCUCCAGGGGGUAUAACCAAUCUGUGACUUCUGAAGCAAUUGCAGGUUCCUAUUCUGAUCUCAGACUAUGGCAGUGAGAUAUUUUUAACUCUCUCUGCUCUGCUGGCUCAUGGGUCCAAUAUAAGAACUUUGGUUCAAAAAUGAUUUUUUUUCCUGCUCCUAGCUCUUUGCCCUAGUUCCUUCCAAGUGAAAAAGUCAGGUUUCAUGUGAAAAGUCCAUAUACAUUCCCAUACUAAAUGCCCUGAUGAUAUGCAGACGUUGAGGGCUUCUUUAGACAUCACACAUUUCCUAUAUGAAAGCACUUCCAGAAGAAGUGUGAAAAUGCACGUCCUAGCAAGCAACAACAUAAUCAUGUGCAUUUUUUCCUAGGCAUUUACUGCAUGUAAGCUAUCUGUGCUUUUAUCCCUAUGUCUUCUUUUCAAGGGAGGAAUGGGAGUGGCUGCAACACCAAGCCAGUGUGGAGGAGCCAAUUCCCACAGAGCAAAAUCUCGAGACCACCCAGAAUCUCUUCCUUCAGGAGCUUCAAGUGGCAAUCAAAGAGCUGAUGCAAUUGGUCAAUAUCCCACUGCAUGAGGUAACUUUUAGGUGCGGCUGUAUUGUGUGUGAGAGGAGAAAGAGGUAUUGCUGAUUUUGUAGCUCAGUGAAACAUUACUGUACUGGCGCCAGUUUACAUUUUUUACAUUUCUACUUCAUAUAAUGAAUAUUAAGCCAAUAUACAGAUAGAAAUUAUUCUUUAUAAGCAAGAACAAUGUAGCCAAGGGUGAGCCCUACACUGAAAUGAUUCCCAUUCUGAUGCAGAUUCUCUGUACUGCAGCGUAAGCAGCCCCUGCUCAGACAGUAGUGCAAACUGUAAGAUAGGUCUGCACCUCAGAGAAUGUCUAAAGUAUGUCAACUUUAUAAAUAUUGGCUAAAACUAUUGUACCUAGUUUUCUUGGCAUGAUUAAACAAAAGAAGCCUGCAAGAUGAACCCCUGGGAGUGAAUUAUUUUUUUAAAAAAAGUUUAAAUAUCUAGGGGGGGGGUAUUCUACCCUAUAGGAUUAGGAGAGUCUGACAGCAGCAGAAAUGCCAGUCUAAACAUUAGAUCCUGCUAUCCACCUCCCAAAAGUUCAUUUGCUUCUUAUGUAAAGCCUUGUUGGCCUUCUAUGUUACUUUGCCAAAACUUAGUAAGAAUGUAUCUAUGAACAAUGGCAAAGAUCUAAAAGGAUGUCUUCCAGAAACAUCCCAAUAUUAGGAAAAAGCCAUUUCAGUUCAAAGAAUCAUCCCCCAUACAUGUUCAACUGGUUGCUAAGUUGUGGCUGUACAUCAAUGCCUUCUCAUGUUUGAAUUCUACAGGCCAAAGAUUUUCGCCUGUACAGUCAGGAAGUUCUGGACUUCGGAGGACAGGUCUCAUUUCUCCUUCUUCUGCCUCCCUCCGAGGAUGUGUGUACUGCCCCUGGCCAGAACAAUCCUUACACACCUCGGUCUGGAUUUCUCACACUUCCACUUCAGAUCUUUGAGCUAGGUGAGAAUGGCUGCAUGGGGACCCUUUGGGAUGUAUCAAUUUUGUUGUCCUCUGCUUCCUGCUUCUUCACAAAGGGACUGUCUCAUGUCAUCCUUAAUCCAAUGAGUUUCUUAAAAAGUACUUUAAAAAUCUUUUAAGUGAUUGGGACCUCGAAAGGUCUUAAUCCAGCCCAGGCCUGAGGACCACAUAUAUACCAAUUUUUUUCAGGUUGAAGUCUACACUGGCCCACGGCUAACCCUCUGGACCAAAUUAUGAAAAUAGGCAUGGCUACAGUAUAAAAGUGGGUGUGGCCCCCUUUUAAGGACAUAAGUGGGUGUCACAAAACCUUUUCCCCAUCAAAUUAUCACAGUGGGGGAACCAUGGGAGCAGUCAGUUUAAUAUUUCUUUUUAAGGUGGACACAUUUUUUUAAGCAUCAUGGCAUGACAGUGGGGAACUUAUAGGAGCAGUGAAGGAGAUUUUUUUAAAAAAAAAAAAGUUUAAGUUUUAAUAUUUUUUAACUUUUUCUUUUAGUAACAAAUUGAGGUUUUUUGGGGGGAGGGGUAGAUAUGAGAUACAUGUUGGCCACUGCAAUAAAAUCAAACAAAUAUUGAUAGUCCAAAUUCAUCUGUGAGCUUUUUUCUACUUUAUAUAGCUCCAGUUCUGUUGGCAAUGAUUUGAUCUGCUUCUGUGAUGGUCCCCUGGUAAUACUUGACCCCCUCCUCUUCCUUUGUUUUCCAGUUCAUUUUUUCACUUAUGACCACGAGUUCAUUAGUCAGUAUUGCCAAGUGUCUGCCCUCUUGGAGCUAGAGUCACUUCUCUCUCAACAGAGCCUCAGAGAGGCCUUCUCAGACUCAGAAUUAACUACUGCCAAGCAGAGGCAUCAACAAAUUCAGGACUAUAUACAGGUAUGUUACAGAGGAAUAAUAGAAAGUAUUGAGUGUGAGAUGCUCUGCAUGAUAUGCUAGGUGACAAAUUGCUGAUCCCCUGUACAACCAAUCCAGUACAGUAUAUCUUCUUUACAUGGCUAAUUGCUGGAAUAUAGCUCUCUUGCCUUGGGAUUGCAUGCAAAAUGUUUCCAGUAAACAGGGGAUUAACACUCUCACUGCCCUAGGACAGGCAAGGUCACAUGGAACCAAAAUGAUUGUAUCAGUCAACUCUUGAGUCUCUGGCUCCAUACCUUGCCUGCCUUGCCUUAAGACAGAGCUUUUUACAGAUCCUGCUUCUUAUUCCUUCAUGGUUUUUUAUUCUUACUUUGCCAGCUCCCGGUUCCUUAUUUAUUAGCUUUUUUUCUGCCUAUUGUCUAAAAUAAAAGGGAAGGGAAGGACGAGUAUAUCCAGUCAUGCAAAGGUAUCACCUCUUCACAAUCCUCCCUCCAUAGUGAUGACAUCCAAUGUCAGUCUCCUCUGCUGGGGAAGGAUGGUUCAGGGAAUGUGAAACGAUCAUGAGUGACCUCACAGCAUAGACUAGCUGGAGUUGUGAGUGAUCUUAUUCACCCUUUUAGGCCUUUGCAUGACAGUUUCACUUUCACCUAUGGCUUAGUCCACACCAUAACUGUGAAAGUGCACCUGAACAUGCAAGGAGAGACAUGCCACACAGGUCUGUAUAGCAGCAGGAGGAAUCCUUCCUGCUGAGUGACUUUGGUGGAGGCCAGCCUUCUCUACAAGAAUGACCAGCACAUCAGAAUGGAGUUUCCCUAGUUAGUAUUAAGUCAAGUUCAGCAGUGGUUCAGGAGACCAUGGACAACCACAAGUUAUCCAGGUUUUUGGAUGAAGGAGCAGAGGGGUUGGGCACCCUAAAUCUUCAGUGACAGGAAGAUUUCUAUAUGCCUUUCUGUGAACCCCACUGAUUUCCAAGAUGUUGAGGAAGAAACCCACAUCAUCCUGGCAAGUACCCUUUUGGUCCAGUAGACCUUUGUUUUUCAACCUCCUUCACCUGUCAUUUCAGGGUAUGUGGCAGCAAUGACCUAUUAACCCAGAGGCAUAUAUACCAUCCAGACCCAGCCUGGCUAACACUAACUGCUUGGUAGCUGGUCCUUGAAGCAGAUCUUUCCUGUUCUGCUGUCAUACAGAUGCCCAGCCACACUCUGAAAAUAUAUAGCAACAUCAUCCUGGCUGUUCUAGGGCAGUGGGAGUGUUAGUUCACUGUUUACUGGAUCCUGCUGCAUACACCAGAAAGAACAUUAGUAGUAAGUAACCAACAGCGUUUUAUAGGAUAGCUCCUACCCCAGAACUCCCACUUUUGUUUCUUACUAGUCAAAGCAUCUGGGUGGUGAUGCCAGCAUGCUUUCAGCUGUGUUGUGCUGCGUUAAGAUUUAUUUAUUGUCAAUAAUGAAGGAUCUCAAAGGCAUGCAGCAGCUCUAGCCAGCAAGCCCAUCUAAGUGUUAAGCUUGUCUCUUGUCAAAUCCAAAUUUGUCCUCUAGAACAGUGACUCCAAAACUUUUCCCCCAUGGACCACUUGAAAAUUGCUGAAGGUCUUGGCAGACCACUUAAUGCUUUUUCUUCCUGCUGUAGCAAUUGUAACGCACUGUGCUUUUAAUUGUAUUUUUAUUCUUUUAUUUUUUAUAUAUUGUAUUACAAUUUGAAUUACAUUGAAUUCCAACUGUAACACAAUAAAAUACAAAAUAUGAAUAUUCCCAUGCCAUCUCCUGUCUUCAACCACAAAUCCAAAGACACGCUGUGGACCACCAAAAUGAAGCUUACCUGCCUGAGAUUGAUCUUAACUGCCUGACAGUUUGAAUGCAAAGGGCCAAGAUGUGAGGGAAUUUCAAUGACUGUUUAAAAAGAAAUUGAUCUUAUGCAACCUUCUAUUAUGGCCUUGGGUAAAUUUACUUCUCUGCAAAAUCCUGAAUUCAGGGAAUAAGUAUGGAGUGGGGAUUAGAGGGGGAGUUAUGAGAAAUGACGCAAUCCUAGGAAAGUGCUCCUGUUUGAGACGUGUUCAAUGAAUGAACCCUAUUUAUCCAGAUUGGUAGCACAGCACAGCAGUCUUAAGGAGUUUCAAGGAAUGUGUGGGGUAGUUUCAGGGCUGUAAAAAGUUACCCAUGCCACACCAAGUGACUACAUCCCAGUGUGCAUAAGCUCUACAUGUGUAUUAACAUAAGUAUAUAAAAACCAGAUCCACCCCACAUGGAGGAUCUCUAAGAGCAUCCAUCAAUAUGUGUGUACAACUCCUUCUCAUACAAAGAUGGCAAAACUUGUGGCUAGCCUGCUGCGCAGCCUCCUGAAAGAUUUUUCAGUGCCAAAAAAGGAGCUGAUUCUGUGUCUUUCUCUUGGACAGCAAAUGGAGGAGAUCUGGCGAGAAAUGCGCUGGAUGAUGGAUGCAUUGCAGCAUGCCCGGUACAAGCAGCCUUCUGGUGGCAUCCCACUCACAUGGUUUCUUGAAGAAUCUAGCAUUGUACUAAAGGAGAAAACACGAUCAACCUCUUCCCAUUUGGACUUCCUUCCCUCACCUACCCCUUCUCCUGAAAUGAGCCGCAAGCUCAACUCUGGUGAGUUUCCUUUGCAUUUUUCUGAACUUUUAAAACUGCUAAUCAAUCCCCUCUCCUAGUCCAGCCCUCUGCUCUAACACAAGGUAUCUUAUCUAAAACCUCCCCAGUAACUGUCUGGACAACCUCUUCUGAAAGUAUUCUGACAAGGGCAUUCUACCAUUUUAUCUCCCUAGAUAGCUUAUUCUCGCUCAUUCUCUUUGCCCAGAUGUUUUUCAAAAUCCAUUUUACAGAUAUUCUGUUUCACUGAAUAAAGGCUCUUUAGGUGGGUGGUUCCCACAUUUGGGAAAUUGGCAAGUUACCUGUUUUGGAUGGGUUUGCAUUCCCUCAGAAGAAGUUUGGGGGGUACUCCUGGAUACAUCUUUGUCACUAGAGGCCCAAGUGUCCCCUGUGGCUAUGAGUUCCUUUUACCAGCUUCAUCUGGUUUGCCAACUAUGGCUAUUCCUGGACAGGGAUAGUCCAUGCAUUGGUAACCUCAAGGAUAGAGUACUAUAAUGUGUUCUAUGUGGGGCUGCUCCAGCUGGUGCAGAAUGCUGCAGCCAGAUUGCUGAUGAGGAGUUUCUAGUCAAGAACAUGUGACAGCAUUGUUAAAAGAGCAGGACUGGCUACCCACCUAUUACCGAGCCAAGUUCAAGAUUCUUGUAUUGAUUUACAAAGCACUGAACAACUUGGGUCCAGGGCACUUUGGGGAUCGCUUGAACCUUUAUAUUCCAGCUCGAUCACUGAGAUCAUCUGCAGAAGCAUCUGUGGUCGUUCCCUGAAUUGAUGAGGCUCAUUUGAUAACCACGAGAAAUCAAGCCUUCAGUGUCCUCAGUCCAGUCUUGUGGAACACCUGCCAAUAGAGAUUCAGUGGGCACCUUAUGUGUCAACUUUUCAAAGCUUGCUGAAAAAUUUUCUAUUCCACCAGGCCUACACAGGCAAUUAAUAGUACAUCCCCACAAUGGUCUAUUGAUGUUUGUUUUUAAUUUCUUUCUGCUUUUAACUUGUUUUUGACAUUUAUAAUUUUACUAUUUGGUUUUCUGUUUAUAUUGUUGUAAACCACUGUGAUGUAUUUUUUAUGAUACAGCGGUAUAGAAAUAUUUUUAUAAAUAAAUGCAUCCUUUUCUUUGCUAUUGAUUUCCUUGGAUUUAUCUGCUUUAUAGGCCUUUACAUAUGAAAGCAGUCUUUCCCUCCUUAACCACUGCAUGUAAAGCUGAAGGUGCUAUCACAACUUCCAUUAUCUAGACCAAGUUAUCUUUGUCACCAGAAUUUUAAUAAGAAAACUUCUAUCAUUAACCUUGAUGAAGCCUUCCAGAUAUCCUGACAGCACAAAUUUAGGAGUUGUCGGAAUCUGAUGCAUUGUAAUCUUUAAUAUAAUCUCUAGUACCUCUUGCCAGCUACUUGUUAGUAACGACACCUAAACUAUUCACCUCCCUUGUACACAUAUAUUUUCUAGAAAAAUGAGGAAGGCAUGUGCAGAAUUUGUUUGAGGAUUGUGGGAUAAACAUGUUCCAGGCAAAAAUAGUUAAAAAUUGGCAGUGAAAAGAAACUGGGCAAAAGUGGAGUGGCAAGAGUGGAGUGUCAGAAUCCCUUUCACCCCAAUCUUAAAAAGAAAGAGGAAGGAGACUAGAUUGGGGAGAGACUCACAAAGAUCACUGGCCAGAUGAUCACUUCCAAGUAAACUGAUGAUGUUGUGCUCUUGCCCAUAAAUGCUUUAAACAGGUUACAUCCUGUUCCCAGGAUUGUACAGGUAAUGCAACUGCCAUUUAGUUUGUGUUACCAGGAAAACAACCUGGCAGAGCAAGAUUGGCCAUGAGCCAGAGGUUCCUCACCCCUGCUCUAGCCAAUCAGAACUCCCAGGUUUGGAGUAGAAACAGGUUUGACCCUCAGGUCCACUUGUACAACUUGCUUGAGUGAAUUACUGCACAUUUUCCAAGAUAAUUCCCCGAUAAAGAAGUAAUCUUUUUAUCAUUUUCUUUCAGAUUCACAUGGAAUCUCAGAUGAAGAGGGCUCAUCAGAAGUAUUCUUAGCUACAGACAGUGACUAUGACUCCAGCAGAGCCCAAAGCCCCAGAGAGCUUGACCUUCUUUACCCCUCUUCAGGGCCUGAGUACUGCAGUAGAAGAAAUCCACGCCCUUUGAGGGACAGUGCCCCUGACGUCCUGCAGAACCAUGAGCUAAAGACACCUCCUAUUCCUCCAGAGGAGCCUCGGCCUCCCCCAGAGCUUUAUGACAGUGACUUUGUGCUUCCUAGUCGGCAAAUAGAGCUGCUGCGCAUCACAGAGAAGAGGCAGGCCUACUGUGUCCGCACCAGCAGCCUGGAUUUCCCAAAAGCCCUUUGCCAUGGGGCCAGAAAGUCUUGCCCUGGCUCUGUUGACAGUUCACCAACUGAAAGCAGAACUGCAGGCCGUUGCAGCCCUGUGAGACUUGGGACAGGCUCAGAAUUCAGCCCCAGGCAUGGCUGUCCUGCAGGGAGCUCUGAGCCUGUCUUUCGGACACGCUCAGUGGAAUGGACUCGCACCUUCCAGGAGGCAGCAGAUCCAGGACAUGUAGCAAACCGGGUCAAGUCAACAGGCUCCUUCGCCUUACGUGUGUGCCCUCAGUACGAAACAGGGCUCUCCAAAGAAACAAGCGUUAAGGUAUCAUUAAAAUCCUGGUCUUGGCUCAUCAAUACAAUAGUGCAGUACUGAAAAUGGAGGCAACACUUGCAGGAAGAAGAUGUAUUCCUUUUUCCCAGAUUUGGCCAUGUGACCCUUCCCCUUCCUGAUACUUUCCAUUAAAUGGGUUUCCGAGUAUUGCUUCUUUUGGGGCUGCGUCCCAGAACUGGCAAUGGUAGUGUCAGUAGGCCACAGAGAAUUGGAAUGCUGUUAUUAUUCCAUAUGAUCUGAGGAUGCAUCCAGACAGCAACUCCCUGCACUUUUACUUUUGCACUUGCAAAAAGAAUAUGUAUUAUGUUUAUUAGAUAAUACAUCCUUUUCGCUAUAAAACCACACUAUAGACACAACUUAACAUGUCCCGAAACAUAAUGUUCCUGCCUCCGGUACCUUAUUUAUUUAUUAGCAGGUAGUGCUGUGGUCUAAACCACUGAGCCUCUUGGGCUUGCCAAUUGGAAGGUCAGAGGUUUGAAUCCACGUGAUGGUGGUGAGUUCCCGUUGCUUUGUCCCAGGUUCUGCCAACUUAACAAUUCGAAAGCACACCAGUGCAAGUAGAUAAAUAGGUACCACUGCGGCAGGAAGGUAAACGGUGUUCCGUCAUUGCUUCCAUCAUGGUGUUGCAUUGUGCCAAAAGCGGUUUAGUCAUGCUGGCCACGUGACCCAGAAAGCUUUCUGUGGACUAACGCCAGCUCCCUCAGCCUGAAGCGAGAUGAGUGCUGCACUCCAUAGUCACCUUUGAGUGGACAACUGUCCAGGGGUCCUUUACCUUUACCUUAUUUAUUGGGGAUUAUGUCCAGUGAGUUGUUCAUUUCCACAUCAGCCAGGUUCAAUUUUUGAGCUAGCAAUGCUGAUUGUGGCUUGCAAUGCUGCACUUUUAUGGUGGUUUAUUAUGAUGCUCUUAACUAAGGGCUUCAUGAAUCAUAAAUAGCCAAAUUUUCAAAUGGAGUAAAUGGGGUGGACAUGUACAGUGUAGAUCUGAACACGGUAUAGUAUUACAGUGUAGCCUUCAGGGUGUAAUAAUAUGAAUGCACUAGGCAUCCAUUUACUUGUUAAGGAUUAACCUUAGAUCCACAUCACAAGUCAUAUUGGUUCAGACUAUGGACCAAUAAACUUUACCAUUCUAGCUAACAGCAUUUGUUCUGAAGAUAAAUCACACUGCAGUCACUGGAGCAAAGAGCUUUGUAAAGAUUCCAUUCGGGUGUAGAUACAUAGAUUGUACUGGGUUGACUACGGGACACCAGGGCAUCGUCUCUGUUGUCCUCUCUUCCAGACCUUGGGACUAAGGAACUAUUCACCAUAACAUAACAUUUAAAAGAGAAUGGUGAUUUAUGUCCACUAUCAAAGGAUGUUUUCUAGCGUAGAAGGAAGGAUGUUGAUUGAUUAGAGAAGCAUUAGCAAAGGAAGGCAUUACAGAUACAACUGUGGUUUAGGGAUUAGGGGUGGGCCAUAGGAUCCUCUUUCAGAACCAGUGUCCUGAAUUAAGAAACACCCUUAACCAGGGUUAUAAAAAAUCAUGCAUAAGACCAAAUAGGUUAGAGUAGGAAGAGAGGCAUUUGUUUCUGGGAACAGAUAAUAGUGUGUGAGCCCAUGGCCUUCUUUGAUUCUUCUUUGAAACUAUGGUUGUGUGUAAUGUCAGGGCUGAACUUCAGUCUGGCUUCACAGUGUCUACAUUUUGGACAGUCGGAUAAAAUGAAUAAAUAGACAGGAGACAAUGUUUGUUAAAGAAUUAUCAUAUAGAGCCCAAAUGGGUGGCAGUCAUAUACUCUAUAUCGUUCUUGGUGGUUGUAGCCAUGACUGGUAUGUAGCCCAAGCCAGUGCUAUUUUUCUAGAAAAAGAGGUGCUGAAACUCAUCAUGAAUGCCUCCCUUGCUCUCUUAUAAUGGCAAGUUCCUGGCGAGUUCCAACUGAAAAAAAGUCUGGCCUAAGCUUGACUCAAACCUAAGCCAAACCUGACCACCUGUUCUGGAGUGGUGGUGUCAUGGUGAGUAUGGCCAUGGCGUAUAGCUCUUUGCAUUUAGACAAUAUUCCUUGCUAUAGAAAGCAAGGGGAAAUGAUGUGGUUGGACUGCAAUCUUCCAAAACUGCUUUCAUGGUAUCACUAUUUCUAUCCUCAUUUCUCACUGGUAUGCUCCUAAAAAGAGUGAUCAGGCAACUUUUAUGCCACAUCAGCAGAACAUCUUCAAUGUUCUGCUCUUUUUGGCAUGGCUAAAAGUCCUUUUCUUGUUUAUCCAGAAGGCCUGUGGACACCAAUACUAUAUGCAGAUCUCAAAUUGAAUCUAGGAUAGCUCACCAAAUUCAAUUAUGCUAGAGUACAGUGCCCUCAGUUUCUAUUCUUGUGGGACUGGAAUAAGUUUAGGAAGACACAUUAAUUUCUCAGUUAAGUAUCUGGCUUUAUUCUUUAGGGGGAGCCAGCUUAUUUGGGUAUACCCUCGUCUUUCUUUGUCCUUCCUCUUGCUCUUACUUACCUCUAUUUCUGCACAGCUGCACCUCACCAACAAGAUGUCGGCAGAAGAUGUGGUGAAGCUGGUGGUGCAGGAGAUGAACGAGGUCUCACGCGAUGUCCUGGGAAAUGCAGAUGCUUUCUGCUACAGUGAAGACCAAUUGGAACACUUUGGACUAGUGUUCGUGUCAGAUGAAGUUGAGCAGUGGCUUCCAAAUGACUUCCUGCCCCUCUCGCUCCAAAAGGCUUGGCCUGAUGGGAGGUUCUAUGUUCGGAUCAAAGAGACUUCCCCUCUCCUGUUUCAGUAUGGGCCAGCAACAACUGUAUGA